AGGUUUUGGGACACAACCCGAGUACUGGGAUGCCACAUCCACUGCUGUUCCCGUCACGUCUGGACUGGUCGCCAUAUUAAACCUGACGGAAUCGGCGACGGUCCGCGGUAGGGAUCGCGAGGGGGCCCUUUCCAAAACAAAUCCCGAUAUACACCUUCGUUUUCCCUUUUCGCCCCGGAAAUUAUUUAUGCAUCGGACUGAAUAAGGCAGUGUGUUCUCAGACAGGGGUUGUCUGGGACGGAGGUUUUGUUUUAGUGUGUUUGAGAGAGAGAGAGAUGAGUACUUUGACCCAGCGGAGCUCCGGCCUGGUGCAAAGACGCACCGAGGCUUCGCGCAGCGCUGCGGCCGCAGACAGAGAACGCGGAUCCGGUGACGAGGAUUACGAGCCUCGUCGCGGAGAAGAGCCGGAGGACGAUGACAGCGGCGACUCCAAAGAAACCAGACUCACCUUGAUGGAGGAAGUGCUGCUGUUGGGCUUGAAAGACCGAGAGGUUAUAUGCAAGUCUGAUGCUCCAACAGGGGAUGUGCUGCUGGACGAGGCUCUGAAACAUAUAAAAGACACCCAACCGCCUGAAACCGUGCAGAGCUGGAUAGAGUUACUCAGUGGUGAAACAUGGAACCCAUUAAAGCUUCAUUAUCAGCUGCGUAAUGUUCGAGAGCGCCUGGCCAAAAACCUGGUGGAGAAAGGUGUCCUCACCACAGAGAAACAAAACUUUCUUCUUUUCGACAUGACCACACACCCCCUCACCAACAAUAAUAUAAAGCAGCGCCUUAUAAAGAAAGUGCAGGAGUCCGUGCUGGAAAAGUGGGUGAACGACCCUCACCGAAUGGACAAGCGCCUUCUGGCCCUAAUAUUCCUGGCCCAUUCGUCUGACGUCCUGGAGAAUGCGUUCGCCCCGCUGCUGGAUGACCAAUACGAUCUGGCCAUGAAGAGAGUACGACAGCUGCUGGACCUGGAGCCUGAGGGCGAGAGCAUGAAGAACAACGCCAAUGAGCUGCUGUGGGCGGUGGUGGCCGCCUUCACCAAAUGAAGCAGCUUGACUUCUGACAAAUAUGACGUUUGGACUGGUAAAAUCAGGUUUGAGAAGUGGUGGAUGAAAGUGGAGUCUCGGUGUCUUUCCUUCCUUGUAGAUAAAUCUCCCUCCCUUACUUUUCUCCCUGCAAGAUCUAUCAUUGGGUUUCUCUCUCUUGUUGGAAAAGGGGACCAGUUUAUUUUGAGUGCCGAUGGGUUCCUUCUCACUGUACUGUUGAGAUUUACGUUUUAGUAUCGCUGCACAAAAUGGCUUGUUUUUGUUUUUCAAUGUUUUCAUGCUUGGAUAUCUGCGUCGGUUAUUGACCGACUAGAAAAUAUUCAAGAAUUUGAUUUAUGUUUUGUCAUCUAAUUGGGAUCCAUUUGUGACGGAAGCUGUGUACAUUGCACAGUGGUACGGCUCAACCGUUGCUAAUCUGAAAAUAAAUACACUAGUGUAUAUUUUUUAAUUCGA